AUCAAAGUGUUUCUAAAUCAAUAAAAAUGGAACGUGUUGCUAGUUUAGUGGGGAUAACUCACAAGGAGAAUAUUAUCCGGUGCUCUGAACACAUCCAUCAGUGAUUCUUCCUUUAGAGGAAUUGUUUUUAAGAGGGUAGAGUUCUUCAGGUUGCUUGGUUUUAUUGAAAAUGAAACUUGAGUCUUCAGAGGCUGCAUCAUGAACAGUAUCAGGUUCUUUGUGAUUCGAGGUGCCUUCAGUGGCUAAUUCUCUGGUUUGAGUUUAUGGUUCAGCUUUUCCAUGGUUGGGAGAGCUCAUAGUUGUUGUUGACGUGAAUAUUUAUUUUGUGGCAAAUUUAAUGCUGUGUUUCUGUGCCAAGGGAAAAAUAAAAUCAGUAAUAGGACAUUGACUUCAGCAAAAGUUCUAUAAUCAAUGAAAAACCUGUUUAUUCUUGCUUUAAAAGAGGGGCAGUCCUUGAGAGUGGUGGUCACAGAUGCACCUGUACAAGAAUCAGCCAAUGGUUUGCUUCCAUGAGCAGUAACAGGCUGACCUAAUCUGAGUUUUUCCUAAACAUCAUGGGAGAGAUUAAAGUCUCUCCUGACUACAACUGGUUCAGAAGCACAGUUCCUCUUAAAAAGAUAAUAGUAGACGAUGACGACAGCAAAGUCUGGUCGCUGUAUGAUGCGGGGCCUCGGAGCAUUCGCUGCCCGCUCAUAUUUCUCCCUCCUGUAAGUGGAACUGCAGAUGUGUUUUUCCAGCAGAUUUUGGCACUGACUGGAUGGGGCUACAGAGUUAUCGCUUUGCAGUAUCCGGUGUACUGGGAUCACCUUGAGUUCUGCGAUGGGUUCAGAAAACUGUUAGACCACCUUCAGCUGGAUAAAGUUCACCUUUUUGGAGCAUCUCUGGGAGGCUUUUUGGCUCAAAAGUUUGCUGAAUACACACACAAAUCUCCCAGAGUUCAGUCUCUGAUCCUGUGUAAUUCCUUUAGCGACACUUCCAUCUUCAAUCAGACAUGGACAGCAAACAGCUUUUGGCUGAUGCCUGCUUUCAUGCUGAAAAAAAUUGUCCUUGGGAAUUUUGCAUCUGGUCCUCUAGAUCCCGAGAUGGCCGAUGGGAUCGAUUUCAUGGUGGACAGGCUGGAGAGCCUGGGCCAGAGCGAGCUCGCCUCGAGACUUACCCUCAACUGCCAGAAUUCCUAUGUAGAACCUCAUAAAAUUCGGGACAUCCCUGUAACCAUCAUGGAUGUGUUUGACCAAAGUGCACUUUCGACUGAAGCAAAGGAAGAAAUGUAUAAACUUUAUCCUAAUGCCAGAAGAGCUCAUCUCAAAACAGGAGGCAACUUCCCUUAUCUCUGCAGGAGCGCUGAGGUCAACCUGUAUAUUCAAAUCCAUUUACUGCAGUUCCACGGUACCCGGUACGCAGCCAUCGACCCCUCCAUGGUCAGUGCGGAAGAGCUGGAAGUCCAGAAGAUCAGCCUUCACUCCAGCAAUGAACAAGAGCAGUAGGUUUUGGAGCACUGGUGAAAAUGAGGAAACAGUUCCGUGGUCUUCCUGUGUAUGAGCAACUGUUCCCACUCUGCCCUUUCCCUUGCGUUAGCCGAUUAUCACUGUGUGACUCCAGCAGGAUCAGUCAGUGAUCUGCCUGUGGACAGUAACCUCCAGCAGUACAAUGGGAUAGAGCUGUGUAACUUUUAGUCUUUGAAUUCAAGGAAGCCUCUUUGAAGACUACAGUUUUAAAAACAAAGAACACUUUUUGCUACCAAAGUCCUCACUAUCAUGUUCUUCAGCAGAACAGGAUUUCUUUUUAUACUCCUCACUCAGCUGUAUAUAUUGCCACACGCAGAUUGUGUACUUAGAAGCCAACAUAUAUUUUUGUUGACCAUUUGGUUUAAGUGACACUGUUGCCAUCACUUAUUUGCCUUGUAUGUUGUGUUGUAAGUUAGUUUGUUUCUAUUGGAAAUAAAGCAUUGGAAUUUUUAACUUUCUCGCUGUUUAAAAAAUGGUUUCCAAUAAACCUUCACUUUCA